GAGGGAGAGAGAUGGGGAGAUUUUGGGCCAUUGGUGGUUGUAUGGGUGAAGCGUCAUUGGGGGUAUUCGAUUCUGAGGGAAGGUCGGCGUGAAUUCCCAGCCCCCUAAUCCUUUAUCAACACGGAAACAACAACUUUUAUAUAAACUGGAAAACUAACAAACGAAACAAAAAACAAUAAUAAUCGACUUUAGUUGCACACAGUAAACCUUUUUGUUUUUGUUGUUUUAAAAUCACAGCCGACCCCCCAAUAUCUCUCUUAACCAGAAACCCCAUCCCUUUCCUUACCUCUCUCCUUUUUCUCAUUUAAAUACCUUCAUAAACGCUCAAGCGCCCCUCGCCCUUCUUCUAACAGCAAAAAUUCCUCUCUUUUUGUCGAAAACUGCGAUACCCAGAACUUUUUUGUUCUUUUUGGAUUCAAAACUUUGAUCUUUUAGUGUUAUUGUGAAUGGUGGAAACAAUUCGGAGUUGUAGUAAUUUGAUGCUCUCCCUUUACAAAUCAAGGGCGAGCACUAUCCUCCCUGUUUCUGCACCCUCUUCUUUCGCCUUUGGCUCUUGCAAAGAAGGCUGGUACUACCGCUGCCUCGGCCUUGACCCGUGAACAAGCCCAGAAAUCUUUAUAGCCUCCGCCAAUAACCCAGAUUUCGUUCUUUUGUUAAAAUCCAAAAAACAAAAUAAACCCGUUGUUAUCUCGGUUUUUGGUGAAAUAUUCAUUUCUUUUUGUUGGUUUGAUUUUUUGGGAUUUUGAUAAAGUUGAAAGAAUGCUUCUUUACAAGCAGAAGAAACACCAGGGUCCCAAGGGCAACAGGCUCUUGAUUAGCAUCAACGUUUUGGGAAGUGCAGGGCCGAUCCGUUUUGUUGUUAACGAGGAACAGCAUGUUGCUGAUGUCAUUGAUACUGCUUUGAAAUCCUAUGCUCGUGAGGGUCGGCUCCCUGUUCUCGGAUCUGAUCUUAAUGAUUUCCUCCUUUAUUGCCCCAGUGCUGGAUCAGAUGCACUGAGUCCAUGGGAGACAAUUGGAUCACAAGGGGCUCGGAAUUUCAUGUUGUGCAAGAAGCCAAGGUCUGAGAAAAUGGAAGAUGACGGAAGGUCGAAUGAAGCAACUACUAGGAAGGGAACUGGGAAUUGGAAGGCAUGGAUUAAUAAAUCCCUCAAUCUCAAAAUUUCUUCCCAUUAAUUAAAUAAUUCUCAAUCCUUAAUGAUAUUUAUUUCUUGUGUUAAAUUUACUUUUGAAAUAAGGACUUAAAUUAGGCUAUCAUGGAUGGCCAUGGUAGAAUGUUGGUUAUGUUUUCACCCUAUUUCUCAUUCAAGUGAGAAAGACCUGGAAUGUUUUCCAGGAAUGAAUUGAAGCUGUUAUUCCGUCUUUUCGCUUUGCAAUAAAAAUGAACAUUGUUGGUGCCUUAA